AGCUGCGGUGAGGCCUGAGGCUACCGUUGGGUAGCGGCUGCUGGCGCCGGGCGUGGUUUGGGGACAUGGCAUCCAGCCAUUGUAUGAAUUUAGAACAAUGGAAGAAAAAAGCAGCAAAAAUUGAACUGAAUGAAGCUCAAAAGCAAGAAAUUAAAGGGGCCUUUGAUGUAUUUGAUGUUGAUGGAUCUGGGACCAUAGACGUGAAAGAACUGAAGAUUACAAUGCGGGCUUUAGGAUUUGAUCCAAAGACAGACGAAGUUAAACAACUGAUAUCAGAAAUGGACAAAGAAGGGACAGGCAACAUUUGUUUUGAAGAUUUUUUUGCCAUUAUGAGUGUAAAGAGUGAAAAAGAUGAGAAAGAAGAAAUAUUGAAGGCUUUCAAAUUAUUUGAUGAUGAUGCCACAGGAAGUAUAUCCCUAAAUAACAUCAAAAGUGUUGCCAAGGAACUAGGGGAAAAUUUAACAGAGGAUGAGCUGCAGGAAAUGUUCGAUGAAGCUGAUCGUGAUGGGGAUGGAGAAAUAAAUGAGGAAGAAUGUUUGAGAAUGAUGAAGAAGACCACUCUUUAUUAAUUCUAUCUUUUGUGCCUUCUAGGAAGUUCUUGACAAUUUAUCUGUUCUGCGGUUUGAUAAUGUAAUACCUUAGUGUAUUCAUUUUCCAUUUUUAGUUUAUAUGCUUAUGCUUAGAUUAGUCUCUUGGUAACUAAUCCAUGUAAGAAGCUACAUGUCUCUUUCACUGCUAUUAAAUCUGUAGUAUCAAGAAACAGAAUAAUUGAACUGCAAAUCCAAAACCAGGAUUAUUUUCAACUGACAUUAUUAAAGUCCUAGGUUCUAAAGACUUAGAAUUCUUUUAUUUUAAUGAAAUAGUCAAAUGAAUU